CCGACCGCCCCGGAGGGAGAAGAGGGGUUGUUUGUAGCAACUUUGCAUUUGUGCGACCUGAGACUUCAGUUUCUUCAGGGCAGAAGCCCCUUAAGAACGGGGAGAGGCUGGUUUGGGCUUUCCUCUCCUACUUUCUAACGUGACGCUGUCCCUGAUUCUGAAUUUCCGUUCCCCUUCGCCAUCUCUCGGGUUGAGAUCCGGUCGAGGAGGGAGGCUGGGGUUUCAGACCCAUCAGGACUUGAUCAUGGGGACAGUGGUGGGGGCAAUAGCGGAGGGCGACUGCCGGUCUCUAGAAUGGACCAGGAGCUCCGGUAGGGAAGUGAGCGGAGUCAAGAGGCAGCUCUAGAAGCGCCAGACAGCGCGCGUCCCCAUCCCUGUCUGCAGUGGGCAGCCUGUGACCGGUUCCUCUUGAAGAGCAGAGAGCCUGGCCACCCAGUGGCCCCACUGCUCCAAUGGAUCCACUGAACGUGACCUGGUAUGAUGACGGUCUGGAGAGCCGGAACUGGAGCCGGCCCUUCAACGGGUCCGAAGGCAAGGCCGACAAGCCCUCCUACAACUACUACGCCAUGCUGCUCACCCUGCUCAUCUUCAUCAUCGUCUUUGGCAACGUGCUGGUGUGCAUGGCUGUGUCCCGUGAGAAGGCGCUGCAGACCACCACCAACUACCUGAUCGUCAGCCUCGCCGUGGCCGACCUCCUCGUAGCCACGCUCGUCAUGCCCUGGGUGCUCUACCUGGAGGUUGUGGGUGAGUGGAAAUUCAGCAGGAUUCACUGUGACAUCUUUGUCACUCUGGACGUCAUGAUGUGCACAGCAAGCAUCCUGAACCUGUGUGCCAUCAGCAUCGACAGGUACACGGCUGUGGCCAUGCCCAUGCUCUACAACACACGCUACAGCUCUAAGCGCCGAGUCACUGUCAUGAUCGCCAUCGUCUGGGUCCUGUCCUUCACUAUCUCCUGCCCACUGCUCUUCGGACUCAAUAACCCAGAACAGAGCGAGUGCAUCAUUGCCAAUCCCGCCUUCGUGGUCUACUCCUCCGUAGUCUCCUUCUAUGCGCCCUUCAUUGUCACACUGCUCGUCUAUAUCAAGAUCUACAUGGUCCUCCGGAGGCGCCGAAAGCGGGUCAACACCAAGCGCAGCAGCCGGGCUUUCAGGGCCAACCUGAAGGCCCCACUCAAGGGCAGCUGCACUCACCCCGAGGACAUGAAACUCUGCACCGUUAUCAUGAAGUCUAAUGGCAGUUUCCCAGUGAACAGGCGGAGAGUGGAGGCUGCCCGCCGAGCUCAGGAGCUAGAGAUGGAGAUGCUCUCCAGCACCAGCCCACCUGAGAGGACCCGGUACAGCCCCAUCCCGCCCAGCCACCACCAGCUGACCCUCCCCGACCCAUCCCACCACGGCCUCCACAGCACUCCUGACAGCCCCGCCAAACCAGAGAAGAAUGGGCAUUCCAAAGACCACCCGAAGAUUGCCAAGAUCUUUGAGAUCCAGUCCAUGCCCAACGGCAAAACUCGGACCUCACUCAAGACCCUGAGCCGCAGGAAGCUGUCUCAGCAGAAGGAGAAGAAAGCCACCCAGAUGCUCGCCAUCGUUCUCGGCGUGUUCAUCAUCUGCUGGCUGCCUUUCUUCAUCACACACAUCCUGAACAUUCACUGUGACUGCAACAUCCCACCCGUCUUGUACAGCGCCUUCACGUGGCUGGGCUAUGUCAACAGCGCCGUGAACCCCAUCAUCUACACGACCUUCAACAUCGAGUUCCGCAAAGCCUUCAUGAAGAUCCUCCAUUGCUGACCCUGCUGCCCACCCUCACAGCACCCUGCUGCCCACCUCCUGCCCGGGCCAGCCCGGCCUCAGCGCCUGGGAGCCGUGGGCAGGAGGACGCUGGGGCGCGGACGGGGCUUGGCCUUCUCUUCCCCCGGAAGGCCCUGCAGUGUUAGCUUGGCACCAUGCCCUUUCCUGCCGCACACCCUCACUCUGCCAGGGUAGUGUAGAGAGCCAGGCAUGGUGCCAGCCAGGGGCAGCUCAGAGUUCCCCUCCCAGCUGCAGCGCCCCUUUCCUUGGCACCAAAGACGCAGCCUCCUUCUCUGACCUUUUUCUGGGGCUCUGGGGUGGCUAAGGCCAGAGUCUGGGCUCAGAGUCUGUGCCCUCCGUUGGGCUCAGCCUGGCCUCCAUGGGUUUUGCUGGAUCGGGCAGUGUGGGGGAUGGAGUUUACAGCCCACAUGGUCCACACCAGGAAAGCCAGAUCUCUUGCCAAGGGCCCAGGUAACUUCAGUCUGGGGAGAUCCAUGUAAAUACCAGACCACACGAUGAACCCCAGAGAAGCCCAAGCCAAAAAUCUCUACUCCCUCUCCCACCCGACAGGGGCCUCUGUUUCCCAGAGCAGUGGGUCCUACCCCGCCUCGCUAGCUCCACACCCCCUGAGGAGAGGAACCCCACCCCUAAGCCUCCUGAUGGACUCAGGUGCACCCCUUCUCUUAGCAAAUGUUAGGCCAGCCUGGGGGCAGCUGGGGAAGGUGGCUUAUGACUAUGUCUGGGGCCUGGGUUGGGGUAUCUGAGGUUCUUUGGGGGACUGCCUCCUGCCACACUCUGCCACAAAACCACUUUCCUUUUCUCUUCCUUUCGCCUCUUCUCUUUCCCCUUCCCCUUCCUUUUCCACUGCCUCCGCCUUAGAGGAGCCUGUAGUUAAGAGGCAGCUGAAUACCAUUUGGCCGGCCUGGCCCUGCCCUGAGGGAGUAGGGGAAGCUGCAGCUUGGGGAGCCCCCCGGGUCCCAGACUCUGUAACAUCACUACACAUGCUCCAAACUAAUAAAACUUUGA